AUUAAUCGAGCGGUCAACAUUUAUUGUUGAGAAACGGUUCGCUUCGAACUCGAAUCGGAUUUUGAUCGUGCGGUUGAAUUCAGGUUGAACCGGAUAGAAACCGGUAUUUAGUUUGGUCGAUUAGGGUUUGUGCGGCCCUCACCACUUCGCUCUUCCCCUGCCCCAACCUCGUCCCUCCUCUCGCGAGCCUCUUCGCGCUCGCGGCCAGCCGACGAUCGCUGCCGUGCCCUACCGUCGAAGCCGCCACCACCGGAAGGCCUCCGUAGAAGGGAGAAAGAUGACGUACAUGCGCGGUGACCUCCUCACCAAGAUGAGGAAGCUGGUGAAGGGCCUCGCCUGUCCCACGCCGAAGUGGCUCAAAGCAAUGGAAUUGGCACCUCCAGUGACAUUUCCUCGGGCAGAACCGAAGAUCGAAACUAUCAAACUGCCGGAGGAUAAGUAUGUAAGGAGAUUCUUCAAGAAACAUCCGGAUUCACUUUACCAUGAUGCUGUCAGGAUAAGUGAUUUUGAUCCUCCUCCAGCACGAAUUUUCGCUUGGCGGGUUUUGGAACUGAUGGAACAAGGUGUUACUGAAGACAUAGCCAUGGCUGUUGCUGAUAUGGAAUAUCGAAAUCAGAAGAAAGCGAGAAAGAAGGCAUACUCUGAGCUGAAGCAAAUUUGCCGUCUGCAAGGGAAGAAACCACCCCCAAACCCCUACCCAAGUGCAAUCAAAGAGAUACAAGCAGAGGAGAAGAAAUUUGUCAGAGAUCGUUUCUUUAACCCCAAGGUACUUGAAAUUGUGAAACAGAUGAAAGCGGAUAAAGCCGCUGAGUUCCAAGAGAGACAAUCAGAAGUUGGUGGUGAUAGGAGUUACGGUGGCCAGCAGCAGCGUGGUGGAUGGAACGGUGGUGGCCAGCAGCAGCGUGCUGGAUGGAACGGCGGUGGCCAGCCUGGUGGCUGGGGUGGUGGACGGAGCGGUGGCCAGCCUGGUGGCUGGGGUGGUGGAUGGAACACUGGUGGUAGACAGUAGUGAGUAGGAUCCAUGGAUCAUUCAUUUCAUCGAAUUCGUGUCACUUUUCUUCUUAAUUGCGACAAAACAGGCUUGUAAGUUAUAAGCUUAUCUUUGCUUUUGAGAAAUGCGAAACGUAAUAAUGGGGUAUUCUGGAACUCUAGUACUCCAUACUGUUUCAUUGUUUUUAUGAUUCAAAUUUCUGUA